CUUUUUUCUGACUUCAGAGCGACCAGGAGGUGCAAGCCUGUGACCAAAAUGUGAAUCUCUGCUGACCUGUGUGACAAUCUGGAGAUUUUUAAAAGACACCUCUUUGACUUGCAAGCAAAUGAGAGAGAAUGGAGUUGCAAGCGAAUGGAGCAUGGAAAGAGGAAGCACCAGCAGCCGGAUCUGCUUGAGGCCUGGCCGAGACCAAUCGAGCUACUGUGGACGCCAAGGAGGUCAUCGACCACUGCAUCAGCUAGGCGCCAACGUAGCCCUCUUCUGUCUCCACUCACUCGACGGCCACCCAACAAAUGGCUCGUUCACCCUUCACGCAGGUUAAAAGCAGCCUCUAUUAGUAAGAAGAUACAACUUUAUAAAAGGCAAAUUACUCCAACAUGCUCAAAGUGCUCUACACACCAUUGUGUUUUUCGCCGGGUGCUGCCAGUUUCCAGUUCAAAGCCUCUGUUGACUCUUGCACUCGCCGUCAUCUUUUGCCACUUGAUCUGUCGCAGCCACCUUUUUUCAAUUAUAAAAGAAGCCUGUCAGUUUUUAUCAAGGGCAGUUUUGCCUAUCGACGCAGUCAACAGAAGCCUUUGUUUCAAUUGUCCAUUGAAGCGUAAAAAAUUUUGUUUCAGCACCUUCGAUCUGAUUGGAUGGAUAUGAUGAUAAUUUCAGUGUUUUGGAACUAUAUAAUUGUUGUUUUAUUUCUGUAAAAAAUUAUAUAAAAAUCACUGUUGAUGCUUUUGGAACUAACAAAAUGUGUGGGG